AUGCCAAAAACAAAAUAUAAUAAAAUAUUAGCCAAUGAUGAAAUAUUAGAUGAUGAUGAUAUUUUAGGUGAUGGUAAUCAUUUUGAUGAAUCAGAGGUACCUGAUGGAAAGAGACCGAGUUAUAGGAAAUACGAUGUCCAUGAAGGGAUUAUGUUUUGUGUGGAAUUGUCAGAACAGAUGUUCCAACAAUUACCUGAAUUAAAUUAUAAAGUACAGCUAUUGGAAAUACUCGAGUCCCUUUUAGAGUUAAUGUCACAAUUAGUGAUAACAAGGCCAGGCACUGGUGUAGGCUGCUACAUAUACAAUUGUCAUAAAGACAAUUCUAACAAUAAUAUUUUUAACUUUAUACCCUUGGAAGAUGUUAAUGUCAAGGCAAUGAAAAAAGUUAAUGAUCUACUAGAUGAUCUGUCUAAUGAGAGAACUACUUUGACUAAAUAUUUCCCUUAUGACAAAACUCAGCGUACCCCUUUGGAAUCUUUAUUAGAAUUAACACAAGAUGAACUUGUGAAAAAUGUCUCGACUCCAAAACCCUUUAAUAAUAAGAAGGUAUUCCUAUUUACAGAUAAUGAUUCACCAACAGAGGCUUCAGACAAGGCAGGUAAGGCAAGAUUGAGAAGACUGUUUGACGAUAAUAAUGAAAAUUUUAUUACCUUUGUUCCAUUUUUUAUCAAUAGAGAGAACAAGCCGUUUGAUAGUUCUUUUUAUUCAGAUAUCUUUAAAUUGGGCAAUUCGGAAAACCCAUCAUCUGAUUAUGAAAUCGAAUUUGAUGGCCCAAGUACAAGACCAAUAUCUGCAUCUUACAUAAAAUCUAGAGUUUUAAGAAAACAGGAGAUUAAAAGGGUUUUGUUCCAAUGUUCUUUAAUAUUGAACAAAGAAAUGAACUUCACCGUUGCCAUUAAAGGUUACUCAAUCGUCAGUCAAGAAAAAGUGGGAAGCAGGUACAAAAUGGUUUAUGAACAUGAAGAUGUACGGAAAGAAGCAUUUUCUAAGAGAAAAAUAUUAAAUUGUAUAACCGCUGAAGAGGUUAAAGAAGGUCUAACAAAAGUUUUCCCUUAUGGUGAUCUUAAUAUAGAACUUUCAGAGGAAGACAUCAAAAAAGUUAAAGAAGCUUAUCUUGAAGAUGGUCCAUUUUUAAAGUUAUUAGGGUUUAGAUCACUCGAAAUCUCUUUACAUUAUUAUAAUAAUAUAACAAAACCAAGCUUCGUCGUCCCUGAUGAAUCUAAAAUAGAUGGAUCCAUAAGAAUGCUUGCUUCGCUUUUUAGAACCAUGAGGAAGAAAAAUAAAGUAGCAGUUCUUUGGGGGAAACUUAAAGGUAACUCCCAUCCAGGACUCUGGGUACUCUCUGCAUCAAAUGCAAGUGAUCCCAAUGAAGGAUUUUUUUUAUACAGAAUACCUUUUCUUGAUGAAAUUAGAAAAUUUCCAGUAAUAACUACAAGCAGCUUCAAAGAAAAUGCGAUGAACACCAUCGAAUACGAAAAUAUAAAGAGAACUACAGAAAAUAUUGUUGGUUAUUUCAACUUGAAGCAUGGGUACAUACCAUCA